UUUAGCUCACAAUUUGGCAGCGGCGUUUGCUUUGGAGAAAGAAGAGUAGGAGGAGGAGAAGGGAGACGGAUAGACAGGCAGGCAGCCAUUCCACCUAUUGAUUACGGUGGAGGAUCCUCGUACUCCGUUAUGGAGCCGGAUAGGUCCGGUGGCGGAGCGGCACGCAACCCAAAUGGGCCCAAAGCCGGUCCGGCGUCUGGGGCGAUGGGGUCUGUUGUUGCUGCUGCUACUGCUGCAGCGGCCGCCGCUUCUUCCACCUCGACACGAGAGAUGCACGAAGGCGAAGCGGGCCUGUCGUUGCCGGGCAUCCUGCACUUCAUCCAGCACGAAUGGGGACGAUUCCAGGCAGAGAAAUAUCGCUGGGAAGCCGAGAGGGACGAGCUGAGGGCUCAGGUUGCAUUUCUGCAGGGUGAGAGGAAAGGCCAAGAAAACAUGAAGCAAGAUCUAGUGCGGAGAAUCAAGAUGCUGGAGUAUGCUCUUAAACAAGAGAGAGCAAAACAUCAAAAACUGAAAUCUGGUAAUGACCCAAAUCAGGGGGAGAAGAAGGCAGAUACAGAAACAGAGCAAGUCACUAAUGGGCCACUGGACUCUGAUGCUGAACAGGGAAGCCAGAUGUCCUGGAAAGAUGGACGCCAGCUUCUGCGCAAGUAUCUAGAGGAGGUGGGCUACACAGACACUAUACUAGAUAUGCGUUCCAAAAGGGUGCGCUCGCUGCUGGGUCGUGGUAAUUCAGAAGUAAACGGCACGGCUACUCAGCCCAGCGAUCCCUAUGUGGAAUCCCGAGCAGGAAGUGGAGUUGGAGGAGGAGUAGGAGGAAGUGUGGCUGGAGAGUCAAUGCUGGUAAAACAGAUUGAAGAGCAGAUUAAGAGAAAUGCUGCAGGUAAAGAGUCCACAAAAGACCACAUCACUAGUUCGGUUUUGGAGAAGAUCCCAUUUUUACGGGGUUGUGAGGAAGAUGAAGACAGCGAUGAGGAGGAUGACUUCCAUGGCAUCACCACAGACCGCAUCGAUGGCCCCAGGCAGCACAAAAAGGAUCGAGUCAAGAUGGGGUCAGAGCCGACUGGAGCAGAAUUUGAGCCAGAGGAUGAGGAGGACGAGGAUGACUCUGAGGACGCUUUGAAUGAGUUUGACUUUUUGGGCUCCGGAGAAGGAGGCGAAGGUGCGGGAGAGGCCCGUGUCUCUGGAGACGGCAGAGAGCUAGAGAACAGAAGGAAUAAACUUCAGGGCAUGCUUUCUGAUCUCCGUGACGUUGAUGGUUUAUCUACAAAAUGCGCCAUCUCUUCCACAGGACCCACCCAGUCCAGAGCCAAUGAAGGGAGUUCUCUGGGUUUCCCUUCUGAUGUCUUUAUUUUGGAUACCGUGGGGGGUGGAGAUAUGAACUUGGGGGAACUUGCAGACCUCACGGUGGCCAAUGACAAUGACCUGACAAUUGACUUGCAGGAUAGCCGGGAGGAGUUCAAAAAGACGUGGAAUCCCCGCUUUACACUGCGCAGCCACUUUGAUGGGAUCCGAGGGCUGGCCUUCCAUCCAAGCCAAGCAGUUCUGCUGACAGGAUCUGAGGAUGGUACCCUCAAACUCUGGAAUUUGCACAAGGCCAUCCACUCCAAGAAAAAUGCAGUCCUGGAUGUGGAACCCAUAUACACUUUUCGGGCACACAGUGGAUCUGUGCUCUCACUCGCUAUGGGGGAAAAUGGUGACUUUUGCUACAGUGGUGGUCUCGAUGGCAGUGUGCGUUGCUGGAAGAUUCCUGAUUUAAAUGUGGAUCCUUAUGAUAAUUAUGAUCCCAGCGUUCAGCACAGCAUGAUGAUAGGACAUACUGAUGCCGUAUGGGGUUUAGCCUUCAGUCUGAAUCAGCAGCGCCUGGCCUCCUGUUCUGCUGAUGGAACCAUCCGCAUCUGGGACGACUCCGCGACUCCGGCCUGCCUCAGUGUCUUCAACAAAGAUAAAGAGUAUGGGAUUCCUACCUCAGUGGCCUUUGUGAACUCUGACCCCACGCAGGUUGUGGCUUCUUUUAAUGGAGGAGAGACGGUCCUGUAUGAUCUUAACUCUGAGCAAAGCAUUCUACAGCUGGACUCGAAAAGCAAAGAGGGAAGCACUUUGGUCAACCGCAUUGUGAGCCACCCAUCUUUGCCCAUCUCCAUUACCGCUCACGAGAAUCGCAGCAUCCGCUUCCUGGACAAUAAAACUGGUAAAAUUAUCCAUUCCAUGGUGGCACACUUGGACGCUGUCACCUGCCUGGCUGCAGAUCCCAGUGGAGUUUACCUCAUUUCAGGCAGUCAUGACUGCUCAGUGCGUCUUUGGAUGCUGGACAGCCGGACGUGUGUGCAGGAGAUCACGGCCCACCGAAAGAAACACGACGAGGCGAUCCAUGAUGUGGCCUUUCACCCGAGUCAGCCGUACAUUGCCAGUGGUGGGGCCGACGCUCUGGCUAAGAUCUUUGUGUAGCCCCACCACCUACGUCAUGUGCGUCUGGAUGAGGUUAGCAACCAAGCGGCUGAACCUCCAUGCUGGGUGGAACACGCUCUUGUGACAUAUCCCCCUCAUCGCCCCCCAAGGCGCCCCACCCGAUUGUGUGCUCAGCUUGUCAUCUUCUACAGGUUCAUUUAUCGAAUCGACGUCUGCUACUGCUGCUGCUGCUUUAAUUUUCAACUAAAUGAAACACAAAAACAGAAAAAGCAGCUCAGGGCUCGACCACCUGCACCCAAAGGUAUCUCUUGCACCAUUAAAAGACUUCUCUGAUGUCCUCUUUCCUUCUCCACGGAUGAUGUUCUCGCAUUCUGCUGCGACUCUGGGAAGACGUUCUUUGCAAGCCUCCUUGAAUCCUGAUGCAAGUGUAAACCCCAGGUGCGUGGCCUCUCGGAGACGUGGUGCACAGAACACUAAUGCAAAAUGGCCGUCUUAUAAACUGUUAGCUGUCUGCAGACUAUUUUAGUACCUUGAAUGGAUCUUCAUUUCCUUUCUUCAGAGGCCGUCGACAUUAAAAACAAAUUGAUGUACUUGAUGUAAAGAAACAGGUGCUGAUCAGAAUCAUCGAUUUCUCCUCCCCUGCUUUUUGUACAGGAUUAGGUGUGUGGUUACCUCUGACCUUUUUUAGGUCGCUGCUCUCCAGCGUUCCUCUUCGAAGAAGCCGUUUUGAUGGUGGUCACUGUAAGAUAUCUCUCCCCCCAACGUCUAGUUCUCCCAUCCAGCAGUGGGUAGCUUUGAUUUUCCUUUCCACGACCACUUUAGGUUUUUUCUGUGAAGCCGUGUUCAGUAAGUUGUCUGUAUUUCUAGGACCUUUUAUUUUUUGGAAGGGGUAAAAAUAAUUCCCAAAUUUUAGACCACAAUGUGAUUUGUAUUUUCACAUUAAGGGUAAACAUUACGGUUUCUUUUAAGUUAUGUAAUUUAUUCCUGGUGCUAAAACAGUUUUCAAAUCAGGGACCACAAAAUUGUCAAGUGUGCAUUUCAUAGCAUAGCAUUUUGUUUUGCUCCUGUCCUCAGGGAGUUUGCGCUCUCCUCUGUAUCUGUCCCUGUCCAUCUCUCGGCCUUUUAAUUUGAUUAUCAAACUCGCCGUGUUUAUCACAUCGGCUUUAUCCACCUGACCAUUUUAUCCUCCUGGCAAAGGUUCUGUUUCACCAACAAGAACUUUAUAAUAAGGAGUAUUUCAUUUACUCGCCAUCUUGUCUCGUCUUUAUUAUUUUUUCACUUUGUUACGUGACGACUAAAUACAUUAAGAUAUUAGUCUAUUAUUAGUGACUGCUCUUUUGUUCAUUCUAGAUGGCUUAAAAAAAGGUUUUGCUAUAUUGAAGAGUGGACUGAGAUAAGUUUAAAGGUGUAUAAAGCGUAACCUGGGGAUGAAGGAGAUACCUGGGAAUAAGCAGCCCGUUUUUCUUUGGUCUCUUUUUGGUCAUGUAGGGGAUCAGUUUCCACCUCUUCUGAUACAAAAAAUUGGUAUUGAAUACCUUUAUUUUUGCAAUAUAAACCCCCAACCCCCAACA